AACGUGAUGAUAGCGUAAAAUUUAUCACCAUAUGUGAAUCCAAACUUUUUAUUAUAUAUAUAUGUAUAUGUGUGAUAAUUAGGUGGUUGAAGAGAAAAAGAGAAAAUGGUUGGGGAAGGAAGAAAAGCAAGAGCAGUGAUUGUAGGGGGUAGUAUAGCAGGGAUAUCAAGUGCACAUGCUCUAAUCUUAGCUGGUUGGGAAGUACUUGUGCUUGAAAAAGCCACUUCUCCAACUGGAAGUCCUACUGGUGCAGGUCUUGGACUUAACCCUCUCUCUCUACAAAUCAUUCUAAAUUGGAUUUCACAUCCACAAUUCUUACACAACAACACUCUGCCACUAACUAUUGAUCAGAACCAAGUAACUGAUAGUGAGAAGAAGGUUAAUUGGACAUUGAUAAGAGAUGAGAGUUUCAACUUCAGAGCAACACAUUGGGCUGAUCUUCAUGGUCUUCUCUAUAAUGCACUUCCACCACAAGUAUUUUUAUGGGGUCAUCUUUUCCUCUCUGUCCAUGUUGUAAAUGAAAACGGUUCUGUCAUAGUAAAGGCUAAAGAUCUUAAAACUGGAGAGAUCAUUGAGAUUAGAGGGGAUUUGCUUGUUGCAGCAGAUGGUUGUCUCUCUUCGAUCCGCCAGAAAUAUCUCCCCGAUUUUAAACUAAGAUAUUCAGGCUAUUGUGCUUGGAGAGGAGUUCUUGACUAUUCAAAAAUUGAGAAUUCAGAAACCAUCAUAAAUAUCAAAAAGGCAUAUCCUGAGUUAGGGAAAUGCUUGUACUUUGAUUUGGCCUCAGGUACACACAGUGGACUAUAUGAGCUUAUGAACAAAAGGCUCAAUUGGUUUUGGUUUGUGAACCAGCCAGAGCCUGAAGUGAAGGGAACCUCAGUGACAAUGAAAGUAACUACUGACAUGAUCGAGAAGAUGCACCAAGAAGCCGAAAAGGUUUGGAUUUCUGAGUUAGCAAUGGUAAUGAAAGAAACAAAGGAGCCUUUCUUAAAUUUCAUAUAUGAUAGUGAUCCCUUGGAGAAGAUAUUUUGGGACAAUGUGGUAUUGGUAGGGGAUGCAGCUCACCCUACUACACCUCACUGUGCUAGAAGCACAAACAUGUCAAUAUUAGAUGCAGCAGUGUUAGGAAAAUGCUUAGAGAAGUGGGGAGCAGAAAAGAUUGAAUCAGCUUUAGAAGAGUAUCAGUUCAUUAGACUACCAAUUACCUCAAAGCAAGUUCUUCAUGCAAGGCGUCUCGGUCGCAUGAAACAAGGUCUGGUGAUUCCUGAUAGAGAUCCUUUUGACCCUAAGUCAGCAAGGCAAGAGGAUUGCCAAGAGCUUCUACAAAGGAACGUGCCUUUUUUCAAUGACGCUCCUUUGUCAUUUGCUUCUAGUACAUCCUCCAUUUGAUACCUGUUUAUAGUAUAGUUUUGUUGCUGAACAAUUGCUUCACCAUCAAUUGUUUGAAGUAUACAUAUGAACUAUCUAGUCUAGUAAUUGAAUAAAAACACACCUCUAACGAAGUGGAUAAAGCCUCAGAUUUCUAAUGAAGUGGUGUGAAUUCUAAUCCAACUGGUUGCAUAUUGUUAUUUGUUAGACUUUUCAAUGCUAUGCUUUAAUAUCUGCCUUAA